AUUUCCCCUUAUAUGCCAAUGACGCAAUUUCCAAGAUGGCUGCGCCCAUGGCACGUGCGGCAACGAAAGCUUUCGCAGGUUUUUCAACGAAGUUAUUGAAUACGACAGGCAGCCAAUACUGUCAGUUAUGUCAUACUGGGCAUCGUUAUGUUUACAGAUCGCGCUCAUGUGCGAACUUUCAUACUUCAGUGCUUUAUGAACAGAGGAAACGAAAACGAAAGCCCAAACUGGCAAGUCAGUUGGAACUACCAACCAUUCUCAGCGAAGAAGGUGAACAGGCCCUUAAGGACUUCAGGAACCCCAAGAGCUGUCUGCACAAUGUCCUGUCGCUGGUGGCCAAGGAGGGAAAGGCUAGCAACAUGUACCAGUAUAAGGUACAGCCGGCCCCGGGGAUGGGCAACUUGGUGAAGCAGAGUGUGCUGAGAGUGACCUGGCCCAAGGAGUUCACUGUGGUGGGGCUGGGGACCAGACGGAGUCAGGCUGAGAAGAUGGCCGCCGCGCUGGCCUGCGCAAAGCUCAAGGAGGUUGGGCUUCUGGAUGAGAACAACAAACCUAGGAUCGCCGGGGAGGUGCUGCACAGCAAGGAGGAGAUCAAGGAGCAGCUGUGGAGAGAGAGUCGUCCAGACUGGAUCGGGCUGGAGCCGGACCUUGAAAUGGAGGUCAAGCAGGUGCUACGACAUGUGAAGAUACAGCGUUUGGGCUCUGAGUAUAGGGAACCAGCUGAAGAUGCUGAAAGCCACACCGAGAGUUUUGAAAAUCUGUUUGAUUUUGAUGAUCCGGAAGAUCUGCUGUCAGAUGUAAUCACGGGGAAACCUUACCAGGAGAUAACUGAGAAUAGAGCAGAGUGGAAGAACAACUUCCUUGCUGAACAACAACAGUUACUGGACGACGGGAAUGACCAAAACUCCAAUGAGAGCAGCAUCAGGGCGGAGGCUCUGAAACUCCCCAUCGCGGAUAUGAGGAAGGACAUUUUAGAUCUGAUCCGUGACAAUCAGGUCAUUGUUCUGUCCGGCGAGACAGGAUGCGGCAAAACCACUCAGGUACCUCAGUACCUACUAGAAGAAUGGAUACAACAGGACAAAGGAGCUCACUGUAACAUAGUAGUUACCCAGCCGAGAAGAAUAAGUGCUGUAUCUGUUGCGGAACGUGUGGCUCUUGAACGCGGGGAGCGAGUGGGGAAUACGGUUGGUUACCAGGUUCGUCUCAAUAGUAAACUGCCAUACAACAAUGGCUGCAUACUCUUCUGCACCACCGGUAUUCUGCUCAAAAAGCUGGAAUCUAAUCCAAGUCUAGCAGGUAUCAGUCACAUCAUAGUGGAUGAGGUUCACGAGCGAGACAUCAACACAGACUUCCUUCUAAUUCUCCUCAAGAACCUUCUCCGGGAUAACCCUGACCUCAAGCUGAUCCUGAUGAGUGCAUCCAUCAACGCUCAGCUUAUCUCCUCCUACUUCAACAACUGCCCCAUGAUCAGCGUACCCGGGUUUAUGUAUCCCGUCAAGGAGUACUAUGGAGAGGACAUAGCGAGACUCCUCAUGAAGAGGAAUGGUUUCCUUCGGAACAGUAACCGGAAAACAGAGUUGGCAGAUGAUGAGGUCGUCCGACCGUUGACUGAUGUGGAUCUGACUGUUGAUGUCAUCAAGUUCAUCGAUGCUAGCAGGCCUCCUGGUGCCAUUCUAUGUUUCCUCCCUGGCUGGCAAGACAUCCGAUCAGUCUGCGAAAAGUUGGAGGACGUUUGGCCAAAUAGUGAGAACCAUCGAGUACUGCCUGUUCACUCCAGUGUGCCACUCUCUGCACAGCAGGAAAUUUUUCAAAGGUCUCCAGAUGGGGUGAGGAAGAUUGUACUGGCUACUAACAUAGCUGAGACAGCCAUAACCAUCAACGAUGUGGUCUACGUGGUGAACCCAGGCAAUCACAAGGAAGAUCGAUAUGAUGUGAACUUAGGGGUGUCAUGUCUUGAUGUCCAGUGGAUCUCCAAGGCCAACGUCCGACAACGCAAAGGUCGCGCUGGCCGCUGUCAGCCUGGAGAAUGCUACCAUUUGUUCACCAAGAACAGAUACUCACAGCUUGAGGAUUACCAGGUCCCUGAAAUGCUGAGGAUCCCCCUGGAGCAGAUAGUGGUACAGGCCAAGGUUCAUUUCAGAGACAUGAGAGCUGCUAGUCUCCUGAGCCAAGCUAUGCAGCCUCCUCCACUCUCUGCAGUGGAGAAAGCAGUGGAGGUUCUGCAGGAUCUUGCCAUUCUCAAUAGCGAUGAAUCGCUGACUCCACUAGGGGACAAAAUAGUGGACAUCUCCACGGACCCUAGACUAGCCAAGGCUCUCGUGCUGUCUGCAAUCUUCAGGUGUGUGAACCCGGUCCUAACGGUGGCUGCAGGGAUGCAUACCAGACCACCAUUUCUAGACUCCAUGGAGAACAGGGCUGCAAUCUUAAAGAUCAGGAAAUCCUUUGCUGAGGGCAGUCGGAGUGAUCACAUUGCUCAAGUCCAGCUGUAUGAAUCCUGGGAGCAGGCCAUGUCUGCGUACCAAGUCAGAACGUUCAAUGACCAAAAUCUUGUCCAUCAUUCCACAAUGGUCUUCGUUAGAGGUCUUCGCCAGCAACUAGCAGAGAAUCUAGAGGAGGCGGGGUUAGUGACAUCAUCCAGGGACUGUCUCCAUGGAAACGACAACAGCAGUGAUUUUGCCUUUGAUAACCAACUGGUCAAGGGUGUGCUGUGCGGGGCAUUCUUUCCUAAUUUAUUACGCGCGAGGCGGGGACGGAUAGAGAAAUCCAGAAUGAAACUCAGGCAGUUGGUCUUCAAAGACAUGGAGUCCAACAUGGUAUUGCUAAGUCGUCGUUCAGUGAACUGUACAGAGAAGGCCUUCCCAAGUCGCUGGCUCACCUACUUCUCCAGGGCAAUGUCAGAGCAAAUCUUCAUCCACGAUUCCUCUGUUGUCAAUCCAGUGGCAGUCCUCUGUAUGACUGGCAGGCGGGUACAUGUCGCGCCCUUGAGAAGCAGAGAAUUUCAAACACAACUAGAGGAAAAUGCCGAUUUGGACCCGGACUCGGAGAUCGUGAAGCUUACUGUCAGCUCAGACCUCCACUCGACCAGUAAUACUUACACCAACAAGAAGACCCCUGUUACCUUCCACACGACGUACCAAACAGCCAUGGUGCUAAUGCAAUUGAUACGAGAGGUCAACAUAAUGGUGGAGGAGUGUCUUAAAGCAGAUCGCAUGGAUGAGUUGCCCCGGGAUGUCAGAGAAAGACACGAGGACAUCUUGGAGGUCCUACAGAAAGUCAUCAACAGUCCCCAGAAACCGUUCAUUGAGACCGGCCGAAACAACAACAGUGAUGCCAACACAAGCACCGAUGCCUCUUCAGCCGUCAAUUUGAACCUCACCGCCUGGUAGUGAUGCCAUUUCUUCCCCCCCCCCCCCCCCCCCAAUGACAUGUGCCCAAUUUCAUGGCCCUGCUAGGCAGGAAAAAAUGAACUCUGUGCUUUAAGCAUAAAUAAGCGGAGCACCAGUCAUGUGUAUUGAAUACACACACUGCAGGACCUUUUGGCUGGUAACAUUUUUUUGCUUAGCGAAUUCUUUUUCGCUUAGCACAAUUUCAAUGCUUAGCGUCCCCAUGCAACUUACUUCAAGGCUCAAUAUCAUGGCUGUGCUUACCGAUAACUUCCGCAACUAUUUCCGCAACUAUUAGCAUUUCAGGGGUAAGCAAAAAGUUUUGGCUGGUGUGCAUGCACACGUUCCCAAAACUUUAGAAAUUUGCACUUGCGACAGUUACACUAGUAGGCUGAUAUGUACGUCCUGCACUGUUAGCGUGUCUUGGCAGAUACUGGCCAUGUACACAUGGGUCGUCUCUGUGGUCAUCAGCUAACAUUUACAGAGGUUCAUUCACAUUGGAACCAGUCCAGAUUGUUCUCAAGAAAUUGUUUCGUAAUUGAAUAUUUAUUUUGUUUGAUAUGUCAUUCAAAAGUACAUUACCUCUGUAUACUGCUAGUACGUCAUUUCAUAAAGGAUCUUUUUUUGGAAGGGAGGGGGGGUUAUGGGAGGGUGAAACUCCAAAAUAGCACAGAUAGUACAUCGUUAAAGGCAAACCACUUUAACAAAUAAAAUAGCCAAGCCACAGUUUAUCCCGUAUUCCAAUUUUAUUCAGACAGCUUUUUUAUUUAAGAAUAAUAAAAGAUCACUGUGAGCCAACAAGAACAUGUUUUUUUAGAGUGAUACUCAGUAAUAAUCUUGGAAAAUAUAGACAGUGCACAAAAUCAUGAUUUAUACAUGCAUAACUUCACAACCACAUUAUUUGAUUUAUUUAGUGCCAAACAAAAUUAUAUAAUCACACCAGGCACAGGCAAAGCAUCAUUCAUAUUAAACAUCUAAACAUCUGCAGAAAUGGACAGAGUAUGAAUAUACACAAAAAUUAUCCUUUUAUCACCACUAAAUACCUUUUGGCAAAUUUCAGCAAAAUUAAAAUACCCCUUGGUCUUUUUUAUGAACAAUAAUCGUUUGUUAUUUAUUGAAAGUAGUUGUCGCUAAUAGUACUGUUAAAAAAAAUCAAUUAAAAACAUGCAAAUUAUCAUUAUUUUUGUUGAUUGCUUGUUGAUAUCCUAGGUCAACUCAUUAUUUAUUUUAUUUUAUGUGUGUAAUUAUUUGAGUGCAACUUACAAAAGCUUUUUAAAAACAAUCAUUAACCUCAUCGCUUAAAGUCUUGAAUUCUCCUAUAAAUUUGUACAAAAAGUAUGAAAGUCCCUUAUAUCUGUAAGUUAUUUGUCGAUUUCACUUUCAACAGAUCGGGAAUAAUUUGUUUCAUAAAAGCUGCAUAACAUUUUGUUAAGAGUUCGCUCGUGCGGCGUGUAUUCUAGUAUUUAUUUGAAUAAAGUUCUCAUUGAAAACAAGACAAUGCUGCACUGAAAGGAAUGUGGGUGACCACCUACAAACAAUGAAA